AACAACCCGACCCAGUGGCCUGUGCGUGUGUCCAAGGGGAGACGCUCGCCCCCGUGGUCGCCUGGAGGGGCGCUAGAGGAGGGGCGCUGGGGACUCGAGGUCCGCCGUGGGCAUGAUCCACGAACUGCUCUUGGCUCUGAGCGGGUACCCAGGAUCCAUUUUCACCUGGAACAAGCGUUGUGGCCUGCAGGUGUCACAGGACUUCCCAUUUCUCCACCCCAGUGAGACCAGCGUCCUGAAUCGACUCUGCCGGCUUGGCACAGACUACAUUCGCUUUACUGAGUUCAUUGAACAGUACACAGGCCAUGUGCAGCAACAGGAUCACCAUCCAUCUCAGCAGGGUCAAGGUGGGUUACAUGGAAUCUACCUGAGGGCCUUCUGCACAGGGCUGGAUUCAGUUUUACAGCCUUAUCGCCAGGCACUGCUUGAUUUGGAACAAGAGUUCCUGGCUGACCCCCAUCUCUCCAUAUCACAUGUCAAUUACUCCUUAGAUCAGUUCCAGCUCCUUUUCCCCUCUGUGAUGGUUGUAGUUGAACAAAUUAAAAGUCAAAAGAUUCAUGGUUGUCAAAUCCUGGAAAUGGUCUAUAAACAUAGCUGUGGGGGGUUGCCUCCUGUUCGAAGUGCACUGGAAAAAAUCCUGGCUGUUUGUCAUGGGGUCAUGUAUAAACAGCUCUCAGCCUGGAUGCUACAUGGACUCCUCUUGGACCAGCAUGAAGAGUUCUUUAUCAAACAGGGUCCAUCUUCUGGCAAUGUCAGUGCCCAGCCAGAAGAGGAUGAGGAGGAUCUGGGCAUUGGGGGACUGACAGGAAAACAACUGAGAGAACUCCAGGACUUGCGCCUGAUUGAGGAAGAGAACAUGCUGGCACCAUCUCUAAAGCAGUUUUCCCUCCGGGUGGAAAUUUUGCCAUCCUACAUUCCAGUGAGGGUUGCUGAAAAAAUCCUGUUUGUUGGAGAAUCUGUCCAGAUGUUUGAGAAUCAAAAUGUGAACCUGACUAGAAAAGGAUCCAUUUUGAAAAACCAGGAGGACAUAUUUGCUGCAGAGCUGCAUCGUCUCAAGCAGCAGCCGCUCUUCAGCCUGGUGGAUUUUGAGCAGGUGGUGGAUCGUAUUCGUAGUACUGUGGCUGAGCAUCUCUGGAAGCUGAUGGUAGAAGAGUCCGAUUUACUGGGUCAGCUGAAGAUCAUUAAAGACUUUUACCUUCUGGGACGUGGAGAACUGUUUCAGGCCUUCAUUGACACAGCUCAACACAUGUUGAAAACACCACCCACUGCAGUAACCGAACAUGAUGUGAAUGUGGCCUUUCAGCAGUCAGCACACAAGGUAUUGCUAGAUGAUGACAACCUUCUUCCUCUGUUGCACUUGACAAUUGAAUAUCAUGGAAAGGAGCAUAAAGAUGCUACUCAGGCAAGAGAAGGGCCUUCUCGGGAGACUUCUCCCCGGGAAGCCCCUGCAUCUGGCUGGGCAGCCCUAGGUCUUUCCUACAAAGUACAGUGGCCACUACACAUUCUCUUCACCCCAGCUGUCCUGGAAAAGUACAAUGUGGUUUUCAAGUACUUACUGAGUGUGCGCCGGGUACAAGCUGAACUGCAGCACUGCUGGGCCCUACAGAUGCAGCGCAAGCACCUCAAAUCCAACCAGACUGACGCAGUCAAGUGGCGCCUAAGAAAUCACAUGGCAUUCCUGGUGGAUAAUCUUCAGUACUAUCUCCAGGUAGAUGUCCUGGAGUCUCAGUUCUCACAGCUGCUUCAACAGAUCAAUUCUACACGAGACUUUGAAAGCAUCCGAUUGGCUCACGACCACUUCCUGAGCAAUUUGCUGGCUCAGUCCUUUAUCUUGUUGAAACCUGUAUUUCACUGUCUGAAUGAAAUCUUAGAUCUCUGUCACAGUUUUUGUUUGCUGGUCAGUCAGAACCUGGGCCCACUAGAUGAGCGUGGAGCCGCCCAACUGAGCAUUCUUGUGAAGGGCUUUAGCCGCCAGUCUUCACUCCUAUUCAAGAUUCUCUCCAGUGUUCGGAAUCAUCAGAUCAACUCAGAUUUGGCUCAACUACUGUUACGACUAGAUUAUAACAAAUACUACACCCAGGCUGGUGGAACUCUGGGCAGUUUCGGGAUGUGAAAUUUCUGGUUCAUAAACUGAAGUAACAGUCAAUCCCAUGAUGUUCCCAAGUCUGUAACAGAAGAUUCAAAACAUACAUCCUAUUCUCUAGCUACUCAUCGAAUAUCUAGCCUAGUGAGUGGGCUCUACCUUUUCUCCUAGAAGCUAUUAUUGAACAUACAGGGGUACAAAUCAUUCCCAUGUGGAAGGAGUCUGCCUCACCUUUGAGAGGUUCUUAACUCACCCACCAAGGAGAAAUUUUGGCAUCACCUGUCCCUCUGCUGAUCAUGCAAGGGGCUCUGACCCUUUACAUUGAAAACAUUUGCUGGAUAUGUUCAUCUAGGUACUAUUCAAGCUGUGGGAAGUAUAGCAGUAAACAAUAUAGAUCAGAAAGUUAAAUAUUCUGUGGUUCAUAAACGAAAAAAUUAUAUUUAUAAAUAGGUCAAUUGCUGGAUGUUACAACCAAGGAAGGCAGCCACAGGUAAGACAGGCCUUUCCUUUUCCCACACCAAGUAAUUUAUAUCUACACAGAUUAUUUUUCCUCCUUCAGAAAUUUUAGACUGAAAACUUCCCACCCUUAAGGAUCUUUAAAACUACGAAUCUCAAGAAUUUUGUCAGUAACUUCCAAUUAUUUCAGACUGGUAAAAGGGCAACUGUAGCUAAUAACAAUGUAUUUAAAGUACUUUUUCCCCCCAAUUAAAAAGGUCCUUAAGAAAAAAUUGAGGUCAGAUUGCUAGAUUUUAAAUACUGAAAAGUGCAGGCGCAAUUAUCCCAUCUUAGAUGAACCACAGGACUUGAGUUUCUCCUAAUAUGGCCCAACCAUCUCUGGUAAUCAUUAUGUUUAUAUCAGCGUAAACCAGAAUAAAUAUUCAUUGAAUAACCCCCUACAAACUGAAAAAGAAUGCAGCUUUCUGGCCUCAUUUUGUAGUCACUGAACCUGGUCAUCUCUACAUCUUUUACCACAUACUUUGUCUACCUUAUUGCCUGCUAUUGUCAACUAAAGAUGACUCCUUCCACUGCUGCAGGGGCUGGCAACUAUGGCCUGCUGCCUGUUUUUAUAAAUACAGUUUUAUAGAAAUACAGCCACACAUUCAUUUACGUAACGUCUACAGUUGCUUUCAUGCUCUCACGGCAAAUCUGAGUAGUUGUGACAGACCAAAUAGCCCACAAAACCUAAAAUUUUUACUACUUGGAGUUUUAUGGAAAAAAAUUGUUGACUGCUUUAGAGAAUGAGAGGACAUUAACAAAGAUGAUGCUAGGGUGGGGAAGGAAUAGCUUCUAGCAAUUGUAAUGACUAAUAAUAUUGGACCUCUGAUUAGAGCUUUUAACAUUUCCAAGUGUUCUCACUUGUACUUCUCUUGUUUAUUUUUCAAAAAGUCAUCCCAUCAAGCUCAUGGUCACUGCCCAUUCCUAGCAAAUGGUUCCUUAUCCCUUUUAGCUCUAAGAGUGGAGGAGUACCCACAGGUCAGCUGUUAGUGAGCUCAGCUCUAAAGAGAAAGAGACAUCUUAACCUGUCAGGAAACUUAGACAUAUGCCCAGUUCCACUCAAUUUUUUGGCACAGCUAUUUAAUCUUGGCCCUCACCUACUUUAAAAUUGAGUUUUUGGAUGUGUAGCAUUUUAGACAGCCGGGGAUAACCUUUUGACGAUAAUGUCACAGAAGAAAAGUUUAUUCUUCUUUUCCUUGGCUAGCUGUCCUAAAGUGAACAAGCCUAUGGAAAACCUCAGAGAAGGUAUAAUUUGUCUCAUUUGUUCUGAGAUUAAGCUCAAAGAAACAGAUGAAGAAAUCCCAGUUACUACAACCAAAGAGAUUCAACAUUUAUUUUAUCAUAAAAGUCCAGCAAAUAAAACUAUAUACAAGAUCCAUGCAAGGAAUCCAGUUACGCACAAGACACAUUUAAAACCCGAUUAAAACACAAUCUCCACAAUAGUAGGGAAUAAAACCAGUAAGACCAAGUAUCUUUAGUGAGAAACAUAAUCAUGUUUAUAUUUUGGAUGCUGCUUGAAUCCAAUUCUCUCCCCAACAAUGAGGCACUGUAUCACCCACUCUUGUGACACCACAGGCAGCUGCAAUGCUUCAGCACACUUCAGCACCGAGGCUGGGCAUGAGGGGUCUGUCACCACCACGUCAAAUACUCCUAAAGCAAUAUCUGCAAGGAGCCGGGGAAAGUGAACAAGGAAAGGACACUCAAUUUAGCCCUCCAUUAAAAAGACAGAUGUGCCCUUCUAGCCAAUACAUCCCACUCUGCCCAAACUAAAACCCGAUUAUGUCAAACACAGUGCUACUGAUCAUGACCAAAAGUAAAAAGUUAUAAUCACUAUAUGUUGACCUUGUAGAAAUGUUUAACAAAUAUAUCACUGCAAACCAGCAGAAGCAUGAAUAACCCAGUUCUUCGCUUAUGUUGACUCACCUCUUCAAAGUAGUACUUCUCUUAGAAAUGGAGAUAAAGUCCAUCUGUCAGGACUGAGACCACAAGGCCUAACAACUAUGGACCUAAGGAUGUUCUUGGAACAAUAACAACACACACACACUUUCCAGGUACCUUUGUUAUGGGCACUUGAAUGGUGCUGCUUCACGGAGGCUGCCCCCCCAGUCAUGAGGAUCUCAGACCAGAGCUCCAGGAAGUUCUGCUGCUGGUCUGAUACCAAGAGUACCUUCAGAUUCUGGAAAGGGUUUUCACGAGGUUGCCUAUGAAGGAGUCAGAGACACAGCCCUUUGGAAUUGGAAGGGACCUUAGCAUGACAAAUAUCCAAUAAAUAGCCCUUCUGCAAUGGGACUCAUGUACAUCUGAAUGCUUUCAAAACUUAAGCCCUGUAUUAGGGCACCAUAAACCUUCCCUCUUUCUGUGAAUGAUAUACAUUCUCUGAGAUCCUGGCCUUCUGAUCCUACCCUUCUGAUUACUAUGUUUGUCCUGGGGCUGGGAACAGUCCAAAUCAUAUUCCUGAGCCUAUACAUUUUAAUACUUGCUUAAAACAUUUCACUAACCUUACAGGUUGAGAAUAUUGAACAUACCUACAAAUCCUCACACAUUUUCAAAAGAUUCCUAGCCAAUAUAUCCUAUGGAAAUAACCUAGAUGAACUACUGAAAUCAUUUCAAACCCACUCAAAUACUGCAAUUUAUCCUACAGACAUUCCAGCUUCUAAAAACAUUUUAUUCUUUCACCUAGAUUCUCCUCCCUAAAAAAGCUUGCUGUCUUCUUAUCUGUACAACUCUAAAUGGGCUCUCAAAUACUCACCAAUCCAGAAUUCUUUGCUCCUCGAGGCUGUACCCAGCUGGCAACAGAUAAUUACGGUAGUUCUGGAGCUGGUUGGCAUGGCAACUGUCAUGGACCCAGACAUGAGACACACAAGGAAUCCCACUGGCAAGGCACAAGAAGUACUUCCGGGUUCGACAAUGCUGAUCCGCGAUUAGGAGACACUGGUAGGCUGUGUUACACUGGAAGAAAAAGAACAGAGACAAUGGGUCUGUGACUUCUAUGGAAAGCUCUUCAAAAGCAGCCCUAAAUGAGCCAUGGAGAGCAAGAUCUGAAGACUUCCGAAUACUCUCCAAAAUGUGAUUUAAUCUUUUUCUACCCAGGGCCGCUUUUCUCACUGAAAGGCCCAAUUGCCUUCCCUAGACAUUCUCCCUGUCUCACCUGCAGCUUUUUGAAGGCCUAAAUCCUCAAAGGGUAACCAAAACCCAUGGACUCAGCCUUUCAGGCUGAGAAUCAUCAACACUAAUAGGGAUUUCUACUAAACAAAAAUUUCAAUCUGUUUCUGUCCCAGCAACAGAACAGCCAUUUGCCCAAGGUUCUAACUUCUUUUCUUUGUACACAAUAAAAAUUCUAUUUCAUGCAACAAUA